AUGUUUAACAAAAAUAUUAAAUUUAUUUUAUUAAUUAAAUGUUUAUUUUUUAUUUUUAUUAAAAAAUCUGAGGAAGCUAAUAUUCUUGUUAUAAGUCCAGCUCUUUCUUUAAGUCUUAUAUAUAAAAUGGGACAUUUAGCUGAUUUAUUGGUUAAUGCUGGACAUAAUGUUACAGUUUUUAUACCAGAAAUGGAUAAUAUUGAGGAAACUGGAACAAAAUUUGCACAGAAAAUAAUUAGAAUGAAAGGACUUUUUAAUGUUAUUGAACAAAUAACUAAUUUUGAUGCAUUUAAUGAAGAAAUAUCUUCCUAUUCUGCAAGGCGUUCAGAAGAUGAAGGAAUGGUUAUUUACUGUGAAUCAAUUUUAAAGAAAAAGGAUGAACUUGAAAUACUUAAAAAUUCUAAUUUUGAUUUGGCUUUUUCAAAUAUGAUAGAUUAUUGCCUUCAAGGAAUUAUUAAAUAUUUGGGAAUUGAAAAACAAAUUUGGAUUAGUACUGGACCUUUACCUGAAGGACCUCUUUGGUUUUUAGGUAAAAAAAUAAUUAUUUGUUCUUCCUUCUUUAUUAUUUAUUUAGGUAUUCCAUUACCUCUAAGCAUUUCUCCUCUAUUACAAGAAACAACAAUGUUAGGUCCAAAAAUGAAUAUGAUGGAAAGAGCAACAAAUAUUUGGCAAUUUGCUUUGAGUUGGUAUUCUUUUAUGCAAACAUUGAGAAAAGUUUUGCUAAAAAUUCCAAAAAUUCUUUUAAAAAUUUUUAAGGAAAAUGAACUAUUUCGAUCAUAUAUUUCUCCAAAUUUUCCUUCAUUAGAUAAAGUUUUGUCACAAGUUGAUUUAGCUUUUGUUUAUAAUGAUGAAUUUCUUGAUCCUGCAUUGCCUACACUGCCGAAGGUUAUUUCGAUUGGCGGAUUGGGAAUAAAGCCUGCUAAUUAUUCAAUAAAUAAAUUGGGUAUUAAAAUUGUUAAGGCUAUUGAAUCGGGCAAAAAAGGAACAAUUAUUUUUUCAAUGGGAAGUAUAACUGAUACUAAAUCUCUUAAUAAAGAAAAAUGGCAAAAUAUUCUUAAAGCCUUCUCUUAUUUUGAGGAAUAUUCUUUUAUUGUUAAAAUAAGUGCUGCAGAUAAAUUUACUCAAGAAUAUACAAAAAAUAUGCCAAACAUACAUUUGUUUGAAUGGUUUCCACAAUCUGAUUUACUUGGACAUCCAAAAAUUAGAUUAUUUAUAACGCAUGGAGGAUAUAAUUCUUUAAUUGAAAGUACAAUUAGAGGUGUUCCUGUUUUAAUUAUUCCUCUUUUCUUUGAUCAAUUAAGGAAUUCUAAAUGUGCUGAAUAUAGAGGAAAUGGAAGGAUAUUAAUUAGAAAAGAUUUAUUAAAUUUAGAAAAAAUUAAAGAAAAAAUUAAUGAAAUGUUAAUUAAUAUAAGUUAUUACAAACAAAAUUCUCAACGUUUAUCUAAUCUUCACAAUCAAAAACCAAAUAGACCAGAAGAAGCUAUAAUUAAAUGGACAGAAUUUGUUAUUUCUAAUGGCCCUUUAAAAGAAAUGAUUCCAGAAACUGUUAACCUUUCAUUAAUAGAAUAUUUAUGUUUAGAUAUUUUAUUUUUUAUUUUAAUUAUAAUUAUUUUAAUUAUUUUAAUUUUAAUUAAAAUAAUUAAAAAAUUAAUUAUUAAUUUAUUUUUUACAAAAAAACAUAAAAAAGAUUAA